GUCAUGACAGAGUCACGUGGUUUGACACACGUGUGAUGAAUGCGAAUAAGUGGUGGAAGUGAAAAAUCUUUCAACGUAGUGUACCCUGUAAAGAUAUUUUUAUCUGCUCCGAAAACUUCAACAGCAUGAAGGAGGAUUACUCGGUGCUUUCGCCAAAAUUCGGCGGGGGACCGAAGGGACUAGGUGAUCCUAAUGACAAAAGUUUAAGGAAGGUAGAGAAAGAUGUGUUGGUACCCAAGUUGAUGCGAGAGAGAACCAAAUCCGAAAAAUGUGUCAACGAGGUCAAAGAAUUUCACGAUUGCUGUCUCAAUUCUGGUCUGCUGAACGUCGUAAAAUGUAGGAAAGAAAAUGAUAAGAUGAAGGCCUGCAUGGAAAAGUGGUUCUACAAUCAAGACUUUAUCAAAGAAUGCACAGAGCAGUAUCUGGAGGAAAGGAGUGAAUUUAGAAAGACUGGUAUUCCCAAAACGCGAAAAAGCAUUAGAAUGGAGAGCUCAUCAAUGUGAACAUAUAGAUAAUGAAUUGGCAAUUGUGCAGAGAUAUUAUCGAGAUUUUUACUUAGCUCUUUAGAUAUAACAUCUGUGAUUGGUCUACCAACAAUUCUACCAGUAAAACAAAGCUUUGAAAAUUGCUUAGAGAUUGCUUUAAUAAAGCUGAAAACGAAUUAUUGAAAGUUAAAAUUAUAUUGA